CCUUUAGGUGAUAUGUAGUAAAAAUUGGUUAAUUAAGUCAGUUUACACUGGAAAAAUAAACAAAACAGAAGGCCAGUGCUUUUUACUUUGUUAUUUGAAGAACAAGUCUCUGAGCAAAACCACUUUAUAAACGUGUUGUGACGUCCGUGAGGCCCCUAGUGACAAACAACAUUUCCUCUCUACCCCGCUCAGUAGCGCAGUCAUAAAACCGAUAUUCGGUGCCAGUUCCCAGAGGAGAUUAAUAUUUUUCAAUUUUACUAACAGUACUACAUGCAAUAUGCAUUCCAGGGGAAAUGGAGCCGUCGUUAUCGCUUGUUUACGAUAAGAGGUUUCGUCCAGAAUAUCAUUUAAGGAGGAAACAAUAUUCUGUAACGAUCGAGAUACAUUUCAUAGAGAAGAUUGUCGUUUAGAAGGACACAUCAACGAAGGUUUGCUCGAUUUGUGCUGAGGAAUUCUGGUUAUGGGUGGACUGCUGCAGCUGUGAACUAAUUCAUUCAGUUAACGUGUGUUGAAUAUCAAAGAUCAGUUUGACGUAAGUACGUUUACUUAUUCCCUUAAGUUGAUUUCGUCUCUGUUAUGAACAAAUGUUGUUUUUCCGAGUAAUCGUCUUAGUGUGUAGACUUUCAAAACACAGACUUCUUGGGGGUAGCUGCAAUUGAAGAAAGCUAUACAAGCUUUAUAAUCUUUGACGCCCAUUUCGUUAUAUAAACUUAAUUGUGAAGAUUUGUACUCACCGAGUAGUAGUGAUCGACUUUCACUUGAUAUUAGACUUCACUUACCAUCCACGUGUUGACAAGGUGAAAUCUUAAAAGUAUUAAACCUAUUAAUGGGUUAAUCAAGUGAGGAGUGGCUUGCUUCACUGAAAUUCGCUAAAAAUCAUAAAGGAAAAAAGUUGUGUUAAUAUAUAAUGCAUUCGAACAGUGUACAAUACAUACCGCCCAUAUCAAAAAUCACUGGACUAGACAUAUAUGUGUUCGUAUUUCCAGUUUAGAUAAGAGUUUUGUGGGUACUGACAGCUCAGCACCUCCUCCCCACAGGGGAUGUUAUGUAUCUUGCCAUUGUCAUUGUACUUUUUUUUAGGAAGAAGUCUUUGAGAAAAUGGCAACUUUACAAAGUGCUUCUCCUAUGUCUGAAGAUGGCUACCCUGAACCACCAUUAUUACCAGGUGAACUAGUUGUUGCUAAAGCCAUAAAUGUGCUACGAUUCCAAACAAUGGCAGAUAGGAAGUCUGGUAUAUCAGGAGUGCUCUAUGCAACAAACUUCCGCAUGUCCUUCUUGACAAGAAACCCCAGUGCAGAAACCCAACUCAACUCUGUAUUUCAAUCAAAUCCAGAUUUAACCGAAGCAGGGGAGAUGUACUCAGACAUGCAAAGAGAACUACACAUUCCACAAACUUGUAUAAGCGAUAUUUUCUACUACUCCAGUUCAACUGCAGAGGGAUCAAAGGUAAAGAAAGUACUUCCAGGAUCACGCAUGUCAUCCAAAGUCCAUUCCUUGGAAAUCCGAUGCAAGGACUUUCGAGUGGUCAGAUUUGGACUGAAAUUUACACCCAAGAAAGAUCACGUAAAGAUGGUGAAUGCAAUUGCACAUUACAAGGCACCAAACUCUAUCGUUCUGUCAUUUGCAUUUCCAUACAGUGUGGCACAGAAUUCAUCAGAGAACAGCACUGCCAGACUGAACACCAUACCGACAUUUAGAACUCUUCAUGAUUGGCUGAGUGAGUUGACAAGGCUUAAAGUUGAUGACACAUGGAGAGUAGCAACUGUUAACAGUAAAUUCCAAACAUGUCCAUCGUUAUCAGAGAUGUUUGUUGUGCUCGCUUCCUUAUCAGAUUCAGACAUAAACAGAAUGUCAUUACAUUAUGUAGAUUCACGGCUUCCCACAUGGUGUUGGAGUCAUCCCAAUACAGGGGUACCCAUGCUGUAUAGCGGAGCAGGAAGACCAGAAAGCAUAUUUCUUGAGAAGGAAGAAACAUCCUUCUUCAGAGCACUGUCAUUAAUUCCCUGUAACACUGAGCACAAAGAGGUGAAAGUCAUCAAUUUAAUGAAGACUUGUCCAUCAACAAAAGAGCUUCAACAGAGCUUCCAGAAACUCAGAGAGCUUUGUGUGCUGGAGACCAGCAAGGACUUUUGGAGCCUUGAUGCCCGUUGGCUGUCUAGUGUGGAAACAUCAAGAUGGCUGCACUACUUGAGGCUGUCACUUGUCGCUGCUAUGGAUGUUGUGCAAUCAAUUUGUCAUGACCGUUCACCAGUUAUCAUCAAAGAAACUGGAGGCCGAGAUUUUGUGCUGGUUGUAGCAAGCCUUGCACAGUUGAUAUUGGAUUCAUAUUACAGAACAAUAAGAGGUUUCCAAACCCUUAUUCAGAAAAUGUGGGUUCUUGGAGGACAUCAGUUUCUUUUGCGCUGCAACCACAUCAGUCAAUCAUUCCAGGAAAGUGAGAAAGAAGAUACUGGAGAGUCACCUGUGUUUCUUCACUUCAUUGAUUGUGUUUAUCAACUCACUCAGCAGUUCCCAUCAGAGUUUGAAUUCUCUGAGACAUAUCUUCAUGCUCUACUUGACACAAUGCAUGCAUGCAUGUUUGAUACCUUCCUGUUCGACUCUGAGAAGCAAAGAGCAGAGCUGUGUGAAGUGGAGCUAGGAGGAAACUCCAUGGUAUCACUAUGGGAGUUUGUUGCAGAGCAGCUUAAAGAAUCUCAAAACUCUGGGCCGUAUCUUAACCCACUGUUUGAGUACAGAAACUCUUUAGACCAUGGUGAGGAAAAUGGAAUACACACCAACUCGUACCUUCGAGUAAACACUCUUGCUCCAGGCAUCAAAUUCUGGUCAGGUCGUUACCUGAGAUGGCUUCCAACAGUUCAUGUGAGUACAGGGAUGGGAGAGAAUUCUUCAUUACAACUCCAACAGAUGAUCCUGGUCAAUGAGCUGAAGGUGUUGCGGCAUCGCUUGGCAGUCAGUAGGUAUGAGCAAACUCCAAAUGCAAACACCAUUGAUGGUGACAAAACUCUUGGCAUAGACACUACUGAUUUUGACUUCAGUACUGACCUUAGCUUGGAUUUGGAAACAAGCAAGCUGCUCACUCCCAGCAUGCCAUUUAUUGGUGAUCUAGCAUCAAAUAAAUACUACUCUCCGGGAGAUUUACCACCAAAUGGAUCAGCAGACACAGUUGACAUUGGCAAGUUUUAACUGUGUGCAUACCAGCACAGAUGGUGAAGACGUCACAUAAUUUAUGACUGACUAAUUAAAGUUGAGUAACCCGAGUGUUGCUUGGUAUGAAGGUUUCACCUACAUUAGGCUGUUGCAUUGUUUCACCAAAGCCAAACAGCUCUUUGACCUGAGGGCACCAUGUUUAGCCACAGUGCAAUCAGUCAGUUUCGUCAGUGCCUAUUCGCCUUCACCACAGGCCAAAGGGUGCAAAGCAUAUUGGAAAAUGGAGUGUCCUGUUCUCUUUCAAUCACUCAUUAAUUAAGAGGUAAUUAACACUACUGGUAACACACUUGAAUGUUGUGGGUCAAGUUGUCCUCAAGUCAAUUGUUUCCAAAUUAUCGCUGUUAAACUUUUUCAACCUGAAAAUAGCAUCCAUGAUUAACACAAUUUGAAUUAAUUCAUAAAAAUUACCCUUUAAUGAUUCAAAUCUUUGUUGUGUUAAUAAGAACAUUUAUUUUUAAGUUGACACAAAUUAACUUCAAAAGAAUUUGACUUACAACAGUUAUGGGUGUGAACAAGAUUAAAAAGAAGAUACUCUUCUGGAAGCCAGUUUGUUUAUAUUAUAUUCUCAGGUAGGAUGCUACAAAGCCAUUCAAUAUGCUUUAAAAUCAAAGUAGCACCCUUACAGCUACAUGUAACCAGCAUUUGAAUUAUCCCAAACUGAUGGCUGUGUAAACAUUUUGGUUUGCAACACUUAAAUUAGGUCAUAAAGAGAAACAGUGGUGGUAGGCAAAUCUACCGAAAGUUUAUUAACAAAAAUAAUGGAAAUAAUGAAUUAUCAAUGGCAUGAUCAUUUAAAUUUUUAAUAAUGUUUGAUAUUUUUAAAUUUUCAAUUGUAAGCAACAAAUGUUCUGGUAAAAAAGAUCUCUUGCCAUUAUUUGAGCAGAGUCCAUUUUCUCCUAGCAUAUGAGGGGAAAUAUACAUGUCCAGUAAAUUAACUUUGAACUUGUUCAUUAUUUUGAACUUGUUCAUUAUUUUACCAUUAUUUUACCAAUAGGUAUUCUUCAAUAUAUUUUAUUCAACUUGGGUAUAUAAUUGUUAAAUUUCACCUAAUUCAUUUUAAAGUUUUUAAAAUUUUUAUUAGUUUUGAAGUAGGCAGGUGUGUCCAGGAUGUGGCUAUGCAGUUGUAUACAGGCCUUGUGAUUGGCCAUGGCCGCCUGAAAUGAGGUCAUGCGGUAGCAUUUUUAUCUUUUGUGUUUUUAUGAAUGGUAUGCACUAGAAACCAAAUAUAAAAUGCUUCCCAAUAAAACACAAAAUUAAGAAAGCUUAUUAAACCACCUGUCCUUUAGGCAUAGUGGAGUGAUCUCAUUUCAUGCAAUGUUGUACAGAAAAGAUAACAACAGUGGAAUCCCAAUUUUUCAAACCUCCAAGGGAAACGAAGAUUGC